UCAGAAUCGUUUUGGCUUUUCAAACGAUAACUGAAAAUCGGAGCUAAUUUCUGCUCUCCGUACUAUUUACUCUAAAUAAGUGAUUUCGCGACUACACUACUUAAUAAAAUAAAAAAAAAACCAAAAAGAAGAUGCUGCUACUGCGACGUUGUCCUAAAUUAAAUCUGCGUCCAUGGGUUCGUCUUUGCUCCGCUGAACUGAUACAUAAGGAUGGCUUCAUAGAGAAGUUGCGCCACAGCUUCGACGAGGAUGAGCGCAGCAAUUUGGUGGUGCCCACAUUCAAGAAGGCCAUGCUUUAUCCGGAUGAGAUCGCCAUUAAGGACAUCACCGGGGAGUACACCUAUUUCCAGUUGUAUCUGGCCGCCAAACGCCUUGCAAUUCAGAUCUCAAACAUUUGUGGCAGUGCCUCGCUUUCGAACGUGACUUACUUGUGCUCGAACAAUGCCUUGUGGGUCGCGAUCCAGUGGAGCUGUUGGAUCUCUGGCCAGGUAGCGGUGCCCCUGGAAGCUGGCCAGGCGAUGGAUCAACUGCAGCGCCAGGCUUCCAGCUGCAAGACCAAGCUGCUAAUAGCCACUCCCGAGUUCGAGAACCUCGCCCAGGAGUUGUCGCAGGGACUGAAAUCGGCCACUAUCGUGCUGGAUCACACGUUUGUGCCGACGGCGGAGAGUGUGUCUUCCACCUCGAUGUAUGCCAAGCAACUGGUGGGCACCCAGGGAGUGAUCCUCACGGAGAGCACCCUGCCGAGUGACUUCUAUGCCAAGGCACCGGCCAUGCUGAUCUAUACGCCCAAUGCGGUGAACAAUCCCAAGCCGGUGCUAUUGACCCACCGCAAUAUCGAUGCCCAGGUGCGAUGCUUGAUCGGCAGUUGGCGUUUGGGACCCACGGACUGUAUGCUACCGAUACUAUCCAUGAAUCGGAUGCAUGCCGCCUUGGGGGCAGUCUUAAAUGUGGGCGGUAAUGUCGUGCUGCAGCAAAAGUUUGAUGGUCAUAAUGCCUGGAGUGCUCUGUUGGGCAUCAAUAGUCCAUCAAAACAGCGGGUCACCCUCUUUUUGGCCAUGCCCAUUGUUUACAAGAGACUGAUUGCUGAAUAUGAGAAGAUGUUUGCGAAGGAUUCGCGAAUGGUCGAGUAUAUUGUGAACCAUUGCCGGCAAAAGAUCCGACUGAUGGCCACCGCUUUUGCCCUGCUACCGGAUUCGGUGUUCUUCAGAUGGCGCGAGAUUACGGGGCAGAACAUCUACGAAUACUAUGGAAUGAUGGAAACGGGCUUGGUCCUGGGUCAUCCCCUGGAUGAGCCCCAUCGCGAUGGAACAACUGCGUCUUCAGCAGCGGGAUCAGCAAGUCCAAGUAAUGCCAGUGCCCUCAAUGAUUAUCGACCGGGUACUUUGGGUGCUCCCCUCAAGGGAGUUACAGCCCGAUUGAUUAGCAAUAAGGGUGACGAACUGAUAACCUGCAAGAACGAACUCGGCGGAACUGUGGAUCAUGGUCUCAUUCAGGCGGAGGACAUCGGCGGCAAUACGUCGUUGGCCCAAACCGUAAUUGGUGAACUUCAGAUAGCUGGUUCGCAUCUGGUGUCCAGCUCCUUGGCCAGCAAUAAUCAGCAAACGGAACCGGAGAAUGCCCAAGAUGGUUUCUUCAAAACCGGCGACAUUUGCGCCUAUCAGAAUGGCCACUUUUAUUUCCUCAGCAAGACCAGCGAUGUCUUCACCGUCGGCGGUUACAAGGUUUACGGAUCGGAGAUCAAAAAGGUAUUGAUAUCGCAUCCAAAUAUCAACGAUGUGGCUGUUUUGGGUAUACCAAAUAAAUUGUGGGGCCAUCGUCUCGGCGUUAUAUGCAUUGUAUCGCCGGAUGCGGAUAUUGAUUUGGAUGCGAUCAAGACGUACUGCUAUCGCCACUUGCCGGCCCACAAGUGCCCCACCGUCUUCAAGACCCUCGUGUCCAAAUAAACCUAUUACCAAAACUAGUCUUAAGUCCCGUCCUCGUUCUCGCGUCCUAAGCUACAAAUUCAUGUGAUUUUUCGCGCUGUUAUCCAAAAGAUCUUUCUUUGUCAUAAUAAUAAUAAUAAUUUUCAAUAUUUUCAAUUCAA